AUGGUAGGAAAAUUUGUGAAAUCCGUUUCCGGCGAGCGGCCAUAUUCUCGAAAUAUCGAGUUGUUCGUUCACCGGGUCUGGGGAAGGUCGCCAGUGAAUGAUAAUUAUUUAAAAAAUUCCAAAUUCUCUCUGAACGAGAGAUACCAACUCGAGCGACCACCAUCAUACAAGUUAAUAGAAAAGAGUUCAAUAACUCGUCAAGAUGCAGUACAAUGGAUUUCACAACCAACAUCCUAUUUUCAGACCACGACCAGACCGGAAUGA